CUCGGCAGGCGCGCGCGGCGGGGCCAGGGCGGCUCGCGGAAGCAGCCCGGUCAGGGCAGCGGCGGCGACUCUGCGGCCGCGCGGCUCCAGUGAAGCCGCGGUGGGCCUCGUCUUCCGGCGGCCGGCAGAGUUUGUGGUGAUUGUUGCCGCUGCCCGCCCCGGCUGCCAUCUCCUCCUCUUCCUCCUCCUCCUCCUCCUGGGUCGGGCCGGUCCCCUCCCCGCGGCCGCCUCCUCCUGGGCUGGGCCCGCGGCGUCUCGUCCCCUCGCGGAGCCGCCGCCGCCGCCGCCUCCUCAUUCAUCCUCGUGCACCAUAGGCGGCACAGGCUCCAAGAUGUCCAACCGAGUGGUCUGCCGGGAAGCCAGCCACGCCGGGAGCUGGUACACCGCCUCAGGACCUCAGCUGAAUGCCCAGCUAGAAGGUUGGCUUUCACAAGUCCAGUCCACGAAAAGACCUGCUAGGGCCAUCAUUGCACCCCAUGCAGGAUAUACGUACUGUGGGUCUUGUGCUGCCCAUGCUUACAAACAAGUGGAUCCAUCAAUUACCCGGAGAAUUUUCAUCCUUGGGCCCUCCCAUCAUGUGCCCCUGUCUCGAUGUGCACUCUCCAGUGUGGAUAUAUAUAGGACUCCUCUGUAUGACCUUCGUAUUGACCAAAAGAUUUACGGAGAGCUAUGGAAGACAGGAAUGUUUGAACGAAUGUCUCUGCAGACAGAUGAAGAUGAACACAGUAUUGAAAUGCAUUUGCCUUACACAGCUAAAGCCAUGGAAAGCCAUAAAGAUGAGUUUACCAUUAUUCCUGUACUGGUUGGAGCUCUGAGUGAGUCAAAAGAACAGGAAUUCGGAAAACUCUUCAGUAAAUAUCUAGCGGAUCCUAGUAAUCUCUUUGUGGUUUCUUCUGAUUUCUGCCAUUGGGGUCAAAGGUUCCGUUACAGUUACUAUGAUGAAUCCCAGGGGGAGAUUUAUAGAUCCAUUGAACAUCUAGAUAAAAUGGGUAUGAGUAUUAUAGAACAAUUAGAUCCUGUAUCUUUUAGCAAUUAUUUGAAGAAAUAUCAUAAUACUAUAUGUGGGAGACAUCCCAUCGGGGUGUUAUUAAAUGCUAUCACAGAGCUUCAAAAGAGUGGAAUGAAUAUGAGCUUUUCCUUUUUGAAUUAUGCCCAGUCGAGCCAGUGUAGAAGCUGGCAAGACAGUUCAGUCAGUUACGCAGCUGGAGCACUCACGGUCCACUGAAGCUCCGACCCUCAGGGACGCCACCUGCACAGACUCGUACUCUGUCCAGGGUCCAGCCUAGCCUUUACCAAGAUGUUGGUUCUGGUGUGGGGGGAUUCUGAAACCUCAGACUAAUAGAACUCUCUUCUUCUUUUCUAGUAGGUGUAGUCCUCCUUAAUUUCAACUCAUUUUAAAAAAUGCUUUCUAGUUUGGGGCAGUGGAAGGAAGGCUGGAAUCAAAAUAUUUGCCCAAUUGGCACACAGUGACUUGUAAAGCAUUUAGCAUAUCUGAAAUUUGCACUCUUUGCAGACUCAUGCACAUAUAUUCCGCUUUCAGAAUAGUUUUGCAAAUUGUACACAGACAAAGGGUGGAAGCUUUUUAAUAAAAAAUUGCAUUUAUAAAUGAUCUGUAUUAGAAUAUAAGAAAUCUCCAGUUAUAGACAAUUACUACCCAUGUUGUACAACAGAUACCUUCUAUUUUAGUUGCUAAUAAAGGGCUACACAACUCAAAAUAGUCUGAUUUAAACUUAUUGCUUUGUGGUAUAAAUGGAAAUUGUUUUUUUUAUUAAUUCUAUCCCAGAAUUUUUGUUAAAAUGGCAAGCCUCAGCUUCUAUGUAAUAAUGUUAGAAUGUAUUUUAUUUUUACAUUUAUGUGAUUUUUUUUAAAUCACAGAAAUUAUAGUCAUAAAAAUUUAAAGUUAAUUUUCAAAA